AUGUGUCAUGUCACAAGGCCCACGAAAAGAACCACAAGGAUCUGCCAGGAUCUGGGCCCAACCACGGGCAUGCUAACGCCCGGGCACAACAAGGCCGCCCUGUAUUUCUGGGCUCUCCGCGGCAUCUGCUACCGGACGUCGGGACCCCACCGGAGCCAUGGACCGUGUAGCGUAAGAACAUGUAUCUUCGACGAAAAGGAAUUUGGAAUGUGUUUCGGCAAAGGGCUG